AUGGGAUCUCGAGUUACUUUCUCUUGGACUUCAACAAUUGAAGAUCGAAUCAAGUCCUUGGACUUCAUAUCAUUAUACGGUAUACAAUUCACAAAACUGAUCUGUUGUACAGAAAAGAGUCUCCCCCAACAAAUUCAAGUCGACAUUAUCAACGCCAGAAAAAAUUAUGGGGGGCAGCUUAGUUUGCUUGUUAUAGCGUCGGAUAGCAGCAUACCUGUCGAUACUAUACUACUCAAGAAGCACCCAGAAAGUCGCUGGUCACCCGUCGCCGCACUUCUCAGCACUCUCGGACUUCCGGAGCAAAAUGAGGUUUUGCAGUUGCAAGUCCCAGGGGGUAUUAAGCCAUCGGUUCGUUACUUUCGACAACGACUCGUGGCUUCCGGCAGGGCUGACCUCGGUGUCAGAACACUUGAUGACGACCUUGGCCCCAAAGUCAACGAAUAUGACCUCGUGUCAUUAUUCCAGGACCGCUUCCCUCUUGUGAGCACGAAGCACCCUUCGUGGGCGAUCUUGGCCCAGAAGUCAACGAGCUUCGUGUGCAGAGCAAAGUUUGGAGCUCAUACUCCAACCAGCUUGUAUUUUGGUCGUAGACAGGCCGUACGGGAAGGAAAUAAGAGUUUUUCCAGUGGCUACCUAUUAAUACCGGUCUAUGCCCCUACCCAAGGGUCCCAACGCCUUCAUAUGCCCUUUAGAAAGGGUAUGCAAUGGCCUUGCUGCCUUGCACUCGAUCCCGGAGUGCUCACUUCCGAUGAAGAUGAACCAAAUCAAGAAUUUGAAGCGGAGCGCAUCAAGGAGUCAAUCAUUCACUUCCGUCGGGAAUUUCUCGAUUGUUCUCUCGCUAAGACAGAGUAUAUUGAGUGGUAUUCUGGAGGUGGACAAUGUGGUUACAUCAGCGAGAUGUCUUACAAGUCAUAUUUUAUGACACAAUGGCGAAGCAACACGCUUGCCGAGGAUAGUGAAAUAUACCAAGGCAUGUUGGCAGGUAGCCCAAUCAAACCUAGAGAUCGGACCGAGCCAGAUCAACUCCGAAACCUUAUUUGGCAGAGCUGA